AUGGACGAUCACAAGCCAGCUGUGAAGAGUAAAUCUUCGUCCGACUCGCAUCCCACAGUCCACGUGAAACCAUCCAUCCAAAGCAAGUCAAGUUCCGAGCGACCUCCGAAAGUGUCUUCUUCGAUCAAGAUCCGAUCGAUCAGCAGUUCGGAGCAGUCGUUGAAGGAAGCGCUUCAGCGUCACCUCGACUUGUUGAUAAAGGAGCCCAAAUACAAUUUAUUCGUCGACCCGGUGCCUCGGGAGUACGAAGACUACUACAUGAUCAUCCAAUCACCCAUCUGCCUGCGAGACAUUCAGUUGAAGCUGCAGGAAAAUGAGUACCGCUCCGUCAGCAAGUUUAAAAAGGACAUGCUUCUGCUGAUCGGCAACUGUGUGUAUUACAACAUGCUGCUCACGCCCGCCCAAACCGACAAUCGAAAGCAGGCGUACGAGCUGCAUCGCGACCUGCUGCGUAUUUUAAACAGCAAGGAUGUGAAUCAGAGCAGCGAGAAGCUGGACGAUCUGCUGAGUUUGGAGCGAGUGUACACAGAGAUCAUCGAGCGAGUGUACAAUGUUCGGAACGGAGAUUACCAGCUGAUCCGGAACUUCGCGGUGGACAAUGGAUAUUUGGAGGACUACAAAUUGUAUGUGAAGAACAUAAUCAAUCUGAGACACAUCUUGGACCGCAUGUUCAGCAUGGACUAUUACACGUCCUUGAUUCAAAUCCAAGACAAGAAUUGUCUGUUGAACGAUUUCUGCCGAUUGUUCGAUAAUUGCAUCACGUAUUGGAAGCAGUUCAAGCCGAACGAGGGAAGAGUGUAUAUCGAUGCGGCUCAAUUACUGAAGCGGCAGGUGAGUACAUUUAUGAAGGACGUGGAUAACGGACUGCAAGACUCUGUGCGAAAGGCGUUCCAAACAAUUCGCAAAGAGAAGGAGAUGAGGAGAGCCGCAUCGCUGGAGAGAAAGCGAGCCGAAACAAACCCGGCUUUGCUCUCCCUUCAUCCAGAAUACUGCGAGAAGGUGGUGAUGAAGAUUCCACCUCCCAUUCCGCAGACUCGAAUUCAGACUCGCAAGCCCGACAUGGACGAUUUGAUAGGUCACACAUCGGGAAGUCAGAAUUGGUACGAGCGCGCUUCCAACUGUCUGAACAAACUGAAGGAGAAAACGUUCCCGCAUUGGUGCUGGACCAUUUUCGAUACCAGUCUGGAGCAGUUGCUGCGUCAGAGCGAUUAUGAAAAGAUGAUUCGUCGUCCCAUAACGUGGGGAAUGAUUAUGAGCCAGCUGGACACGUACGAUCGAACAACGUUUCUGGCUUCGAUGCGUCUGAUGUUCGACAACUGUCUCACGUACCACUGCGCGAAGGAAGUCACGCCCAUUCACUGGUAUCGCGACCCCUGCAAGCUGCUCUAUAACGAACUGAAUCUGUUGGCUCCCACACUGCCUCCCGAUGCGAAGAAAGCCGACUUUCUGCACGUGAUUGAGAGUCUGAAGAAGAUCCGUCUGGACGGCUAUCCGGCGUACUUCGAUUUCAAAGACAAUCCGACCGAGUACUAUCCGGAGUUCAGCGCGUAUUCCAACCGGCCGAUGGGGUUCACCGACACGCUGCGGUGCCGAGGAACGUUCGACGACUGGGUGAAGCUGAUGAACACGGUGUUCGAUGACGCGAUGCGAUUCCAUCAGGAUGGAAGAGGGUCGCAGUUUGUGCACGCCGAGGCUGUGUUCUUGAAGAGACAGUUCAAUCGAAUCGUCGCUCAGGAGCUCGGAAGACCUGUGGAAACCGGAGAUCCCGAGCUGGAAGAAAGCGGGCUGAAGAUCUUCAAGAACGAUACAACGCGGAUGCCGGACGACAUCCGAAAGCAAUGCCAGGGCGCUCUGGAUAAGUUCUGCAAGGAGGGCGAGAAGUCGUCGUUCUUCCAUGUGUUCAUUCGCGAUCCAAGCACGCCGACAUUCGAAUGGCUGAAGAAGGUGGAUCGGCUGUAUUUCAUCAACGACAUCUGCCGAAGCGUGAAGUACGAAGAGUACAGUUCGAGCAAGCUGGUUUGGGAGGACAUGCAGCACAUGUUCGAUAAUGUGAUCAAGUGCUACACGGGGGAAUAUAGCAAAGAGACGGUCACGCAGGCGGUGGAGCAUAUGCGGAAUCUGUUCUAUGAUCUUUGGAUUCUGUACCGCGUGUCGGGAGACGAUACUUCCGAGUUUUUGGAUCGGAACCAGAAGCUGAUCCGCUCUCUGUUUUUCAAAGACGAAACGGUGGAGAACAUCUUCAACUCCUUCAAGCACAAAGUGCGGAGCUAUUACGACACGCUCACUGCAUCCACGCUCAGCGAGUUGAUCAAUAUCGCGAAGCCUAUCGAUGUUUCGACCGAAGUGAUCACCAGCGGCGAUCAAAGCAUGAGCGCGAGUUUGCUCGAUCCGGGAACGGUGCUGCCGAUGCUAACGAAGCUGGAGCAGAAUCCGCAGCGAGAAGGGAUCGAUAAUUUCUGGGAUCUGCUGUAUCAGGUGAUUCAAGUGCUGAUUCAACGCGAAAAAAUCUGCCGGCAAGCCGGAUUGAAGGAUCGCGCGCUGCUUCACGACAAGGCGAAGAAGGUGUUUGUGAACGUUUUCACGAACCAAAUGAAGUCGUAUGUGUUCGAUGAUCGGAUGAGGCGUCUGAAAGACGUUCUCAACAAAUACCAGCCGAAGAUCGAGAAGCGAUCCAGCGUGCUGGGCUAUUCCACACACAUGAUGAUGCUGAAUGAUGACGAAAUGCGCGUGUAUGAUACUCCUGCUCUAUAUAUUAUGAAGGUAGCCAAAAAGGUCGUGUUGAAGGAGUUGAAUCCUGAAAUCGGCGUCAAAAACGAGAAGGAGCAGAAGAAAAAGGCGGAUCCCGGCGUUAUUUCGUUGAAGGUGAAGCUGGUGAAGGAGGAAAAGCCUAAUUUGCUCAUGGAGGAAGAGGAACCUGCUGUAAAAGAGCCCGAACAAGCUUACGAAGACCCGGACUUCGUAUCUUUUGAUAUAUUUUAUUUUAUUUGUUGCAUACUUCUUGUAUGA